AUGGACCCUUCGACGUUUGAGCCGAGGGCUUGUGAGUUGCUCCACGGCCUUGGAUUCACGCCGCAGAUGAUGCAGAAGGCCACAAAGGACAUGUCUGGCGGCUGGCGCAUGCGCGUGGCGCUGGCACAAGCACUGUUCGUCGAGCCGAUGCUGCUGAUCUUGGACGAGCCGACCAACCACCUGGAUUUGGGAGCGUGCGUCUGGCUGGAGGAGUACCUGUCGCGCUACCCCAACACGCUCCUGUUCACGUCACACUCCGAGGACUUCAUGAACGGAGUGUGCACCAACAUCAUGCAGCUUACGCAGAAAGGCACUCUGGUCGUUUGGGGCGGCAACUAUGACCAGUACAUAAAGACCCGAACAGAAGUGGAGAAGAACCAGUUGACCAAGUACAAGAAGGAGCAGGAUGACAUCAAGCACCUCCAGGAGUUCAUCCGCUCGUGUGGCACUUACGCCAACUUGCGAGUGCAGGCAGAGUCGAAGCAGAAGAUCAUCGACAAGAUGGUGGAGGCUGGCCUGACCGAGAAGCCUAUGCCGGAUCCUUCCUACGAGCGAAGGGCCCGGUUCUCCUUCCCGGACUCGGAGAAGAUCUCGCCCCCGGUCAUGGCCUUCGCCAGUGUGUCCUUCUCAUACUCGGGGAAGAAAGAGGACCACCUUUACGAGAAGCUGGAGCUUGGCGUGGACCUGGACUCGCGCAUCGCACUCGUCGGACCCAACGGCGCAGGCAAGUCCACCCUUCUGAAGCUCAUGCUCCAGCAGAUCGAGCCCACAGAGGGUGAGGUGAAGCGAAGUGGCAAGCUGCGUAUCGGCCACUACAACCAGCACAGUGAGGCGGUCUUGGACCUCGAGGCCACGCCGCUGCAGUUCCUGAAGGACCUCUACCCCGAGGGCAUCGUCACCAUCUCGGGCAAGAAGAAGAUGGAAGACCCCGAGUGGCGAGGCAAGCUGGGGUCCUUCGGCAUCACUGGCGACUUCCAGACAAGAAAGAUGAAGACCAUGUCAGAUGCUCCGCCGCAUAAAAUGGUGAUGCUGCUCAUGGCGCUGGUAAACCCCCAUGUCCUCCUCCUCGAUGAGCCGACGAACCACUUGGACAUGCAGUGCAUCGACGCCUUGGCGAAGGCAAUCAACAAGUUCUCUGGCGGUGUGGUGCUGGUCAGCCACGACUUCCGGCUGAUCUCGCAGGUGGCCAAAGAGAUUUGGGUGUGCGACAAGAAGACGGUGUCAAAGUGGGAAGGCGACAUUCAGUCUUACAAGAAGCACUUGAAGAAGGAGGUGAUGAAGAAAUUCAAGGCCUGA